AUGGACGCGCGCCCCGACGACGCGUCUCGUGCGCCGCGCGCGUCGACGUCGGCGUCGGCGUCGGCGCUCGACUUUUACUCGCCCGACUUCGACCCGGCGUUGGCUUUGCGAAAAGAUUCGGGCGCCGUGCCGCCGCGACCGCGCGCGCGGGCGUUGGACACGGUGCGACAGUGUCGACGAUUGCUCCCGUCGGGCGCGGACGAGGGUGAAGGUGGGCUCGGGCGCGGCGGAGCGCGAGCGACGCGAGACGCGACGUCGUUCGCGGCGCAGGCGAGAGCGAAGCAACGCGCGGAGAAGUUCACGAAACAGGGCGAGAAGUUUGCGCAGCGCGAACGCGUGUGUGAUGUGCUGGCUAACUCGAAGCACGCGCGAGAUGGACCGCUGCGGGUGCUGAGGGACGCGCGCGAGCGCAGAGAACGAGUGAAAAUCGUAACGCGACACGCGCGAGGCGUGCGAGGCGUCGCCACGGCGUACGUAGAGGCGUUUGAUAAGUUUUCGAACAUGAUUCUCACCGACGUCGAGGAAACGUACAGCGUGCGCGUGAUGCGUGAGGUGGAGAAGGAGCGAACGCUGCCGAGCGAAAUCGACGGAGGCGCGACGACGACGGAGACGAAGACGCGCAUCCUUCCAAAGUUAGAUGUUCGCACGCGGCGCAUACAGCAAGUCUUCGUGCGCGGCGAGCAAAUCGUCUCGGUUUCAAUCCCACCGAGCGGCGCUUAG